GUAGGGACGUACAUGCAAACGGAUCUCUUGGGGGUAUUGUUGGCGCUUGUGGGCAGUAACUUUUUGCCAAGACUCGCAAAAUUGCUGGAAGAUGAACACAUGUUUACGAAGCUCCGUGCUGGAUAAAGAUUUGCAGAAGUACUAGUUAGUAGUGGCAACAUUGUAGAACUACCUCUACUCCCGACAGCACUUGAUGGUAAAUCGUUAUCUAUGAUAGACAAGUUAUAGCGAGUUCACUUUGGCUUGUCUUUUUCUUUGCUUCACAAUUAGUAUUAGAAUCUCUAAAUAGAGGAACACCUCUUGCCUCACUCCUUCAUCUCAAAAAAGCACCACACUCGCACACUCGCCUAUAAUAUUACCCGUUCGUUUCUGGGACUUAUUAUUAUCUCACUCAGGAGCUUCCCAUGAUAAUACUUCUGCAUUGAUUGCGCAGUUGUACCGUAUUGUAAUUCAAGGAAGACAAAGACCAAGAGGAUUUGCUAAUAUGUGGGAAAAGAAAGUAGCGGACUACAAACACAUGGUUCCGACAGUGCUGCGGAGCCUGCUCCGAGAGCACAAAGAGAUAGUGGAUGGGGAAGAGAAUUACGUCAAGUGAUAGAUUUUUGAAUGGUUCUGGUCGUCUUUGGCAACUUGAGUUGGGUCAUAAAGCUUCCCUUCUUGUUUUCCUUAUGAUCAAAAUCAGGCUACCAAAUACCAGAGCCAUCCAGGGGUGACGUUGAUAGCUCUCCUAGGUCACGCGGUUACUCAAUUGCUAACUCGAGCUAGAUUUAUUUCUAUCUGAUGCAGCUCAUUUCCAAGAAAUCUUUUUCUGGAACUUUUGGCCGUUUUCUACGCGAGGAACUUUCUAUCGCGUUGAAGAAAGGACUUCUUAAAAGCUGGCCCUGUGUUUCAUCCGAGUCAACAAGAACUACGCAUCUCUACUAAUUAGGUCGUGUUGUAAAAAAAGCCGCUCUCUGACCCUCUAAGGAAAGACGAGAAAGGAAGCCGCCCAGAAUGCGCUUGACGAUUUGAAAUAUGAGAGGGCUCGGAUUAGAAAAGCACAAGCGAAGAAACGUCAGGAAUUUGGGAACAGGCAGCAACGUGAUCCGCUUUGGUCAAAAUGGAAAAAAUCAUUAAGGCUGGAAGGCACAGGGCAUAGAGAUUUGGUUAACGCGGGGAAUGAAAUCAUUAAGAGUCCAAGAUGCAAGAUGCAGCAGACUUCUAUAUUUAUAGCGGAGCAGUUUUUAGCACGCGUGGCGCAUGGAGUAUGGAGUGCAUGGAGCACCUGCAGCCUGUCCGCGCAUGGGGUGCAUGGACUGCACCGCAGGCGUUCAGUGGGCGGGCACGCGUGGAGCAUGCCCUGCCGAAGUUGGGUCUGAUAGGCUAGACGCCUGGGGGGCGCUCGGUGACUGAUGUGUCAAGGGGUGAUGUUACCGCCGGUGCUGCAGCUGGUUUCGGGGGGGCCCUGAGCUAGGGGAACGGGUGGUAGCCGUCGGGAGGUUGUAGCGUAGGCGAGGAGCUGUAGCCCCAACCGUGAGCAAUCGAUGCGUCGGGGGGUGCAGUCGGAGGCGCUGGGGCUGAUGCUUUGGUCGCCUGAAGGGCCCCCGCCCGCGAGUGGAUGGCUUGGGAGUCUUCGCUGCCAGGGUUGGCUGAUAGGCCAGACGCAUGGGGAGCACUGUCUUCAACGUAAUACGCCCAGGGCGCGCUGGCGGCGCUGCAGCUGCUUGGCUGCUUGGGCGGCCUGAGGGCACCGGGCCUGGGCCGCGAGUAAGCGCGUCGGCCUGGGGGCUCGGCGUAGCAGUCGGAGCAUGGGUUGGCGGAUUGGCCUUCUCAGAUGGCAUCCCGGAAUACCGAGCUGGAGGCGUGUACGCUCUGACAGAUUCGGGCGCCGCGCAAAAUUUUCACGCAUGGAGCACCUGCUCCAUGCUACUCCAUGCGUUCCAUGCACUCCAUGCCAUGUGCCCCGCGAAGCCCUAUGCGAUGCUUUGUUACAACAGGCCUUCUUCUUCAUCUUUGGCCUCGACGUCGAUCUAUAUGGUAAGCACUCACGUAAUCUUGUAGUAGUUCUCGUAGUCAGUCUGUUACUUUUACCACGACUAUAUUUCCUACGUACUGUAGAAGUAUAUCCUUAUAAUACAGUAUCUUGUAGUUGCAUUUGUAGAAGUUGUUUUUUUUAUUUUUCUACUGUAGUUCGUAGUAGUAAUUACAACAAGUUGCAAAAACUUUACUCAGGAAUUAUUUCCUGCCGAGUCUCUAAUUCUACAAACACCAGAAACUGAAACGUUAGAGGCGGCACUAAGAAAAAAGCGCGAGGAGUUCGAGGAAGGGCUAGAUGCAGAAUUCAGAAGGAGAGCAACAGAACUUGUUACAAGUGCAGCUGACCCUAACAAUUAUGGGCCAAGAUUCUACAUCUAUGUAUAAGUAAUAUGUUUUUUGUUUGUCCUGCGUUACUCAUGCCAUAGCGCUAUCGGUUCUCUGCCGCGUCUCUACUCGGGUCGCAACGGAAUCAGGCAGCGAGGGUUGUCACGUGAUUCGCAAAGAAAUGAAUGAAAAUGAAUUUGUGGAAUUCAUUGCAUUUAGGUACUAUGUGUAUGUAGUUCUUUCUUUGUAUAACGCCACUCUUUGAGAGCGAAGAUACAGGGAAAUGUCGUUCCCAAGUAAGCAACUAAGUGUCAGCAUUCUGUGUCUAGUACAGCUACCAGCUCCAGCACUGUACUGAUCCACGCGAGUACAGAAUGCUUAAGGGCCUUCGCCUCGGGAUCUAAGUCGAGAUAUGCGGCAACAUAAGAUGACAUGAGUUAUUGAGUAGUAGUUGUAGUCCUAGUAGAAGUAGCAGUACUGGUGCUAGUAGUAGGAGUGGCGCCUCUCGUCCACCGACCCAGCUGUGUCCCUUCAACAGCGAUCCGACCCCGUGCGUGCGUCACUUUACCUUCUGUCUAGUUAAUGUUUAGAAUUUUGAAGUAAGAGUAACCAUCUAAGCCUAAGGCAAUAAAGCCAUCCAAGAGUACCUGAAACAGUAUCCACGAAAAGCACACCAGCCGAAGAAGUGGGACGCGAGCGAGAUGAUUAAUUCUCCAACGGAAUGGCAUCGCGCGGAGGUAAAACUGAUCGGGGAAGAAAAAGAAGCGCACUUCGACAGGCUUACAAAAUUGCUAUUGGGUCCUUCGGACCCAGAGAGGAUGGAUAGCAAUGAUAAGGAAGCCCUCGAAAAGAUGAAACCGCUCGAUGAUGUCAAUUAAGGCUCAAUCUUCAUUGGUCAGUGAGAGAGAGUGGUCACCGAGACUGAUGAGGGGCCACCGUGCGAGAACACGGGAAAGAACCAAGGGGAAGCAAGUACUUAUGCAGAACGGUGUGGGUGUGGGGCCUUGUUGCCCGUUCAAAAGCAGUGACCAAUGAUGCGCGUCGACCUUUAAUUCAAAGCGAUUCUCAAAACCAUAACGAAGGUGGAUAACGCUAAACCAGAAGGCGUGGCUGCGGCGGACGCUGAAGGAGGGGCUUCAAUAAAGCAACAAGAAGCUGCUGCUGCCUUGGUGAAGAUGCGAGAGAAGAAAUUAGAAUAUGAGGAAUGUUAAGGCCAUUUCUCUCUUCUUGGUUUAUCACUAUCCCAAUGCCAACAUGUGCCAUGUGGACUUUGGAUUAUGUUGCUGAGUGAUGGUGACUUUCCAGUUAAAUAGCGUAGGUGACUACUUCAACCCGCUUCACGGCAAGUCUCUCCUUCUUCAAGUGAGUAGUUUCUACUUCAAGUGAGUUUCCACUUCAAACGAGUUUCUACAUCAAGUGAGUUUCUACUUCAAGUGACUUUCUACUUUUAGUAAGUUGUUCCUUCUUCUUCCUAAUACUAUUAAGUAAGUAAGUAAGCCUCUCCUCCUUCAAGUGAGUAGUUUCCACUUCAAGUGACUUUCUACUUCAAGUGAGUAGCUUCCACUUCAAACGUUCAAGUGAGUUUCUACUUCAAGUGAGUUUCUACUUCAAGUGUUGAACUGCUCCAUUCUCUAAAUCCGGAGCGAGUAUGUGCGGGUCUUGCCAACGUUGCAGGCUCGGAGCGGA